CACGCGUAGGAAGUUCUGGACUAGGUGGUGUGCGAAGCGGAGAGAGUGUACUAAAAGAUUUUAAAAAGUGUCUGCACUGAAAACCAUUGACAAGAAUCACCGUUGAUCGAACAUCAUGUCUGCGAUGUUGGAUCUUCUGCCGUUGUCGCCAACCUGGGUGUUGCUGGGACUGUGUUUUCUACUCUACUAUCUAUAUGUAACAUGGCCGUUCUACACGUUCAAGAGACUCGGCAUCCCUGGCCCUUCGCCUGUGCUGCUUUUUGGAAACAUCCUCAGCUACAGUGAGGGAUCUCACGUCUUCGACUGCAAAUGUUAUAGGAAGUACGGCAAAGUGUAUGGGUUCUUUGAGGGCCGUGAGCCAAUGCUGAUGGUGGGUGAUUUGGAACUCAUCAAUGAGAUCACAGUCAAGCAGUUUAACAACUUCAGCAACCGAAGGGAUCUAGGAUCUCUCUUGGAAGCGUGGGCGGGCAGUCUUUUCGUGAUCGAAGACACGGACUGGAAGCGGGUUCGGGGCACCGUCUCUCCCACCUUCAGCUCAAGCAAACUCAAACAGAUGACCAUGCUUGUGGAAAAAUGCGCCGAUGGUCUGGUUUCCAUCCUUAUGGAGAAGCAAGAAAAGAGUAGCAUGUUCGACCUGAAAGAGGUUACCUCCGCGUAUGCCCUGGACGUGAUCUCCAGCACGGCUUUCGGUGUGGAGGCCGACUCUCUCCAUAACCCGGACCAUCCUUUUGCCGUCCACGCCAAGGCAAUCUUCAACAUCAACAUACUAAAGGGACUUUUCUAUGUCAUCCUGCCGCCUCCAUUCAACUAUGUAUUUAAGAAGGGUGGAUUCUCCCUCUUUCCAAAGUUCGCCACCAAAUUUUUCCAGCGCACCAUCCGGAAGGUCAUCGAGAUGAGGCAGAGCAACCCUGACGAAGCGAAACGCGUGGACCUCCUUCAGCUACUUCUCAACGCUCACAAUAAGUCUCUAGACGAGAAGACAGGCGAAGGAAUUGUUAAGGAAGGUCUGUCCAUGACUGAGGUGAUUGGGAACUCCAUGGUCUUCUGGCUGGCCGCUUACGACACGACAGCUAACACCAUCGCUCUCACAGCCUACAACCUCGCCUUCAACCAGGAGGCUCAGGACAGGGUCAUGGAGGAGGUCGACACAGUCGUGCAGAAUCGGGGAGAGCUGGAUUACGAAGCAGUGAACGAAAUGCGGUACCUGGACAUGUGCGUGAAGGAGACCCUGAGGAUCUAUCCUGGUGCAAAACGGUUUGAUCGUGUGUGUAAGAAGGACACGGAUGUGAAGGGUCUGCACAUCCCUGCGGGAACCAUCGUGAACAUCCCCGCCUACGCCAUCCACCACGACCCGGAGCUCUGGCCGGAACCGGAGAAGUUCAAGCCCGAGAGGUUCUCUAAAGAGGCGCAGGAGUCACGUGACCCGUACGCAUUCAUGCCGUUCGGUUCCGGUCCCAGGAGUUGUCCGGGCAUGCGCCUCGCGAUGUUGGAAAUCAAACUGGCGCUGGCCAGAGCUCUGGACAAGUUCCGCUUCGUCACCUGUGAGAAGACUGAGUCUCCCCUCCGCCUGGAGAACAACAACGGGAACCAGGUGAGGGGCGGCGUGUGGCUGAAGGUGGAGGCUCGCACCAACGUUCCACGGCACCGGAUGUCGUCAGCCUAACCAGUUUAGU